AAAUAAUAUGAUUUAUAAUAAAAAACAAUAAUCAUGGAGGGUAAUAUUUCUGUAAAUGAACAUCAUAAAAAUGUCAUUAAAACUUAUGUUGAAUUCAUGUCUCACCAAAAAAAUCAAUCUAUUAUAGUAAUUAAUAAAAUGUUUGAAGAAGUUUUUAAAACAAAUUUGUUAGAUGAAACUUUCACAAAAGAAGAAGUAAAGAAUAUUUUGAAUAAUUUAGAAAAAGUACUGACACAUGAAAUAAAAUGUGAAUUAUCUGCAUUUACUAACACCAAUCUUUUAAUGAUGUAUCAAUUUUUUCAACAAGCUGAAAAGUGGCACCUAAGGCUCAAUGCAGAUAUAUCAGAAAUGCAAAAUAAAGAAUUAUUGUUAGAGAUGGAAAGAAUUGAAUCCAAUUAUGACAUAAUGAACCAAACAUUAGAAAAAAAGAAGCUUUUACCAAUUACUGAUCACAUUACCAAUGAUUUUGCAGAAAUGCUACAAAAAAGAUUACAACAACUAGAAAGUCAUAAUUCUAAACUGAAAACAGAUUUGAAAUUUUUGGAAGACAAUUAUAAUCAAUUAAGUAAGGAAAAUCAAACACUCAAAUUACAAAUUGAAGAACAAGGAAAUCAAAUAAGUUCUCAGAAAAAUGUAGUUGAAUGUGAAGUUCAGACUCAGAAUAUAUUUUAUGAAAAAACAAAUGAUCAUGAAGAAUGUAAAAUUACUUUAAAUCAGUUAAAAAAUGAAUUAAUAAUAGUGCAAUCACAAUUAACAUUGUCAAAUUUGGAAUUGGAAAGAAAAUUUAAUGACACUGCAGCAUACAAUAAUAUGAAGAAUAUAAUAACAAAAAAAAAUGAACAGGUUCGCAGCCUAAGAGAUCGUUUGCUCGUUUACGAAAAAGAAGACAGUGAAGAAAAUGUUUGAUUUGAACUUUAAUUAGUUAUGAACGCAAUAGUUUAUAAUACAUGUUAAAUACUUAGUUAGAUAACAGCCAUAUUCUGAUAACUAAAAUCUAGUUAUUAAUUAAAUACUUAGGUACUAAUAUAUAAAUUAACAACAUAGUAUUAAGUUUUCAAGAAAAUUUAUAUGUAUAAUUCAAGUACUAAAAAUAUAAAAUACGUAUAGACACAAGUUUCAAUACCUACUAUUGGUAUGUUACUUGGUUUGUACCAGAAAGUUUGGUCACACUCCUAUUAGUCAUGUUAUAUAAUUCAUAUUAUGAGUCAACUUGAAAGUUCAGUGUAUUCUAUGAGUUUGCUCGUUUCGAUUUACUAAAAAAUAUUUAAUGAACAAUUAAGUUAAUAAAAUUAAUUGAUAAUUGACAUUAAAUAAAAAAUAAUACGAUUAUUAAUAGGUAACAUACAAAAUUGAUCAUGAUUAUUUAAUUCCUUAAUCAAUAUAAUCUUAUAUAAUCUUUAAGUUAAGUUUUUCUAGGUUGUCGACCAAAAAAAAAAAAAGUCGCUAAACAAAAAUAUA